GUUGCAGGGCAGGACGCUUCUAGAUUCUUCCAUGCUGGAAAGGCAUAUAUAGGGGUGUGAGUCACUUUUCCCUUUCUCACUAAGUUACCAACUACGAGCAAGAGCGGCAGACAGUCCCUCUAGAGCAUAUUCCUCAGAAUCAUCUGCAAUCAUCCGCUAAAGCAAUGGCAAAGACCGGACCCGCAGUCGGUAUCGAUCUUGGUACCACCUACUCCUGUGUCGGAGUUUUCCAGCACGGAAAGGUGGAAAUUAUUGCCAAUGACCAGGGAAACAGAACUACUCCUAGCUACGUGGCCUUUACAGACACCGAGCGUCUCAUUGGAGAUGCCGCCAAGAACCAAGUGGCCAUGAAUCCUAGCAAUACCAUCUUUGAUGCCAAGCGUUUGAUCGGGCGCAAAUUCGAAGACGCCACAGUGCAAGCCGACAUGAAGCACUGGCCGUUUGAGGUCGUCAGCGAGGACGGCAAGCCCAAGUUGCAGGUUGAGUACAAGGGAGAGACCAAGGCCUUCUUCCCUGAGGAAGUCAGCUCGAUGGUGCUGACGAAGAUGAAGGAGACGGCCGAGGCGUACUUGGGCAAGACUGUCAACAACGCUGUCAUCACCGUGCCGGCCUACUUCAACGACAGCCAGCGUCAGGCCACUAAGGAUUCUGGCACCAUCGCUGGUCUGAACGUGCUCAGGAUCAUCAACGAGCCGACCGCGGCCGCCAUCGCCUACGGCUUGGACAAGAAGGGCCAGGGCGAGAGGCAUGUGCUCAUCUUCGACCUGGGUGGCGGCACCUUCGACGUGUCCAUCCUCACCAUCGAGGACGGCAUCUUCGAAGUUAAGUCCACCGCUGGAGACACUCACUUGGGUGGAGAGGACUUCGACAACCGCAUGGUCAAUCACUUCGUGCAGGAGUUCAAGCGCAAGUACAAGAAAGACCUGACAUCCAACAAGCGUGCCUUGAGGCGUCUCAGGACUGCCUGCGAGAGGGCAAAGAGGACCCUUUCUUCCUCCACCCAGGCCUCCAUCGAAAUCGAUUCGCUCUAUGAGGGCAUCGAUUUCUACACCUCCAUCACCAGGGCCCGCUUUGAGGAGCUCUGCGCUGAUCUCUUCAGGUCUACCCUUGAGCCUGUUGAAAAGUCCCUGCGCGACGCCAAGAUGGACAAGGCUCAGAUCAACGACAUCGUCCUUGUUGGAGGCUCCACCCGCAUCCCCAAGAUCCAGAAGCUGUUGCAGGACUUCUUCAACGGCAAAGAGCUUAACAAGUCAAUCAACCCUGAUGAGGCUGUCGCCUACGGUGCUGCCGUCCAGGCCGCCAUCCUGGCUGGAGACAAGUCUGAAGCUGUCCAGGACCUCCUGCUCUUGGACGUCACUCCCCUCAGCUUGGGUAUUGAAACUGCUGGCGGUGUGAUGACCACUCUGAUCAAGCGAAACACCACCAUUCCCACCAAGCAGACCCAGACCUUCACCACUUACUCAGACAACCAGCCUGGCGUGCUCAUUCAGGUUUAUGAAGGUGAGCGUGCCAUGACCAAGGACAACAACAUCCUGGGCAAAUUCGAGUUGGCGGGCAUCCCUCCUGCUCCCCGUGGCGUGCCCCAGAUUGAGGUGACCUUUGACAUCGACGCCAACGGCAUCCUGAACGUGUCUGCCGUGGAGAAGUCGACCAACAAGGAGAACAAGAUCACCAUCACGAACGACAAGGGCCGUCUGUCUAAGGAGGAGAUCGAGCGCAUGGUCAACGACGCCGAAAAGUACAAGGCUGAGGACGAGAAACAGCGCAGCGUGAUCGCCGCUAAGAACAGCCUUGAGUCUUACUGCUUCAACAUGAAGUCGACCAUGGAGGAUGAUAAGCUUAAGGACAAGAUCACCGAGGAGGAUAAGAAGACCAUCAUGGACAAGUGCAACGAGACGAUCAAGUGGAUGGACACAAACCAGCUGGCCGACAAGGAGGAGUUUGAACACAAGCAGAAGGAGCUUGAGGGCAUCUGCAGCCCCAUCAUUACCAAACUGUACCAGAGCGGUGGCGCUCCUCCUGGCAGCAUGCCCGGUGGUAUGCCUGGAGCUGGUGGACCUCCCCCAAGCGGUGCCGGCGCCGGACCUACCAUUGAGGAAGUCGACUAAUCGUCUCGCUUUAACACAACAGCAUUCCGUCAGCAUUUUCCUGUUAUAACACCGCACUCCGCAUGGAGUAGACUGAUAUGUAUCGGCCAUUACUUUCGUCACUAAGUUGUCAAGAUCCAUUCCAAAUAAUAAAAAAGGUUGAAGUUAAUGGCA